UGAAAUCAUUGUCCAAAGAGGGUCUAGGUGGGGCAAAAAACAUAAAACAAAAACAAACAAACAGGUAACUAACCAAUUAGAAAAUGUAGGAGCUUUGGAAGAAUUAGUACCACUUGAACAAUCAGUUUGCAGCAGAUUGCCAGCCUUUCCCCCCUCUCAAAUACACGAGAGCUCCUCUCACUAGGCAAAAGCCUUUCCAGGCUGGUCCCGGAAAGCAUCGUGCGUACAGAUGCCUGCUGGUUGCCAUGGUGAAUGAUGCUGACCUGAAGAAAUGAAUAAUGUGAGCGUUGGGGCGACAGUGGGAUUACUCAGACGGUGGCUGCGAGAGAGACAUCAAGGAGCGCCCAGAGCAGAGGAGAGAAGGCACCAUUCCCUAGGCUUGGGUCCACUCUGCCUCUGACGGCUACGCUUUAACCAGAUCCUCCUCGGCAAGCACCAGGAUCAGGAUGAACAUCGAGGUUGGGAACGUUUCCUAUACGGGAGCCAUCAUUUCCUGGUCAUCCUCGGAGCCCUGCCUGGAGGACUAUUAUCAUAUUAUGUACAGGCCCAACUGGAACAGCAUCUUCUCUGGCUAUCUUCGCUACAGCUUCCACCACGAGGAGAAAGUGCCUCGAACAAUCAGCUCGGUGGUGCUGGAGCACCUCACCCCUUCCACUCUCUACUUUCUGUGCAUCAGCUGCAAGAAGAUUGCCUUCCCCUACAGGCACUACUGCACCAUGUUCCACACGCUGGAUAAGAGUCCGCUGGCCGCGGGGAGCUCCCUGGUAGACCCGCAGAUCUCCCUGUGGGUGCUGAUGGCUAUCCUGCUGGCCUGCUUCACAGCCGUCUUAGCUUUCAUCUGCCUCCAGUUCUGGUGCGUCCGCUGCCAUGAGCCUCGUUGGUCUUACAGAGCUGGCAACAUGGAGGAAGCCAAUGGGUUGGUGAGAUGGCCCGAGGAGGCCCCGAGUCUUGGUCAGAGGGAGGAAGACCUGCAAGGGCUCCCCCUGGUGGAAAUGCCACGCAAGGAUUCCGGAGCUGGAGCAGAACCGGAAGCUGAAGCUGAAGACGAACAGGAGGCCCUCCAGGAGGAGGGUAGCGAUCAACAUGCCAUCCUGCCUCGUUCUGGGGACUGAGAGGUGGGGAGGAGGCAGCACGCAUCAUGUAGCUUAAAGCCCUCCACACAGUAGGUCUUUUGUAAAAAUGUGUCUGUAGACUACCCAUUUGGCUCCCCUCAAAUGUCAGUGCUCUUGUGAAUCACCUGCCUUUGACCAGUGCCCUGUGACAAAGCUUCUCAAGCUGCAAGACGUAUACCCGCCAUGGUGUGCCAAGGGAGAAACAUGGCGCCUCUUAGAAGUGUCCGUUGGGGGUGGGGGGACGGACAUUAGGAGUUAAAAACAUUGUCUUACUAUUAAAACAAACAUGAACAUUUUAUGAUGUAGAAAGUGAAAUUUGCAUGACUUAAAUAAAACACAACACUUCAAGGACAUUUCUGAGUGGUAGCUGGGCUCUUUGAGUGAUGCUUUCAAUCAGCUGAAGCAGAUGUCAUUUCCUUGGCUGUUGGGGGAGUUAUUUUGGAAAGAUGUGAGAAGGCUUGCUCUAGAGUAUUUUUCAACUUUCAGGCAAUCACAUACCACUUGUACCCCUUAUUCUUUUUUUUUUUUUUAAACCAUAGACUAUGUUUACUAUUACUAACAAUAUAUCUUCUUUGAAUUGACUCAUUUUUUAAACUUAAGCUUAUUUUAAAAGAUAGCCUUAUAUUACUCCAAAAAUGAAAACCAGCACCCUCCUGUUAAUAAAUGGAAGGGAACAGACAUAGGAAUAAUAAGAUUGAAAACAAAGUAAUAUUAAAUUUGACUCAGAUACCACUGCCUUCUAAAGACUCGGAGCUUAAGGCCUGCUUUCUUAUCUUUGAUAACAAGGGAGAUUAGCAAGAGUUGGAGAGGUAUUAAAGACAUAUUAGCACCAACAUAAGUCUUUCUCCUGGAUAUAUUCCACAUGGUUUGAAAGAGAAUUGAAAAAGGAGGUGUUUUUACUUUGUGAGUCCCUCGUAUUAAUGCCAUGUCUGUGAACUAUCUAAGAUGCUGUCUGUAAGCGUCCCCUGAUUUGAGAACAUUGCCUGGACCAGACGGGCUGUCCUAGAGAAGAUACCUGCACUGUCCCAGCAUCAUCCUAAGACCUUCUAAGCCCCACCUUCAGGCCCAACUGGUGGGGCUCAUCUUGGCUCAUCGCACAUCCCAAUCUAGGGCUCGCUGCCUUACAGGAGUACCUUUUCUAACAAUGCUAUAUUUAUCUGGUUAGUUCCUUUUCUAAGUCCAUCUGUGAUUACUUUUGAAAAUGGGGUCAAAGGUAGACAUCUUUAUUCCAUCAGAAAGAAAAAUGUUAGCUUUUUUUGGGUGGUUGUUGACACAUUUCACCCUUUCAGUGGCAUUUUUUUAGUCCUCCCAUAAAAAACCCCAGGGUAAGUAGUGAAUCACCUACAUAUGUCGCGGUGUUGGUGAGACUUUUGUGAACGUUGUUCCCCCUGUUGCCACCAUGGGUAUGGAAAUGGACCUUGAGGAGGGGGCAGAGAUGAUGUCUGUUUUUUAUCGCUACUAUAUCCCCAGCAUGUAAAAUCUAGCCCAGUGUCUGGCCUAUAGUGCUUAAUAAAUGUCCGUUUAAUAAAUGGCAGAGGACUGACGGUCUAGAACAGGGUACCGUUUGGGAUGUUUAGUUAAUGUCAGGAUGUGUCCAUGUGAACAAAGCAGCGAAGAGGCAGAAGACCUGUCUCUCAGCUCUAGCUCCAGUCCACUGGAUUUCCUUCCAACCUUCGACUUCUCAACUGCUUCCUGCCUGCAAAGCCCUCAUAUGUAUUUAUGAAGCACGAAUCCCAGACUGACAGGACAAUACCGCAAUGAACCAACUGAGAAGCAGAAGAUGGAAUGCCACCACGAGAAGCCCCAUGCACCUACUUCCCGGCUCACCUUCCCCCAACAGUUCUUGCACAGGAUCCAGCCCCUGGUCUGAGUUCACCCCCAUCCUUGCUAGUUGUGAACAAAUAAAGAUAAAUAUACUCACAGUCA